UGGAGGAGGAGGAAAGGGGAUGUUAUGUGGGGUGGAGAGGAGGGGAGACCCGAGAAGCCAAAACGCAAAAUAUCUGGGGCCUCUUCGCUUCCCGGCCUCGGCCACUCCUCUUGCCUUGCCCCAGUGUCUUGAAGCACGAUUGCCCGAUUCGGAGUGACACGGUGGUGGAAGCAGCUGGAACGUAAACCAUCUGCCCUCUUUGGAUGCACCAGAAGAAAGCCUUGCUCGUGUGGCAGAGAUCAGGGGAGGGAAGUGCUGCUGGCUGAGUGUGCGGCCAGAGACUUUUCAGAGUCAUGCAAGGAAGCUGCAGGGUCGGGAAGGCAGGGCUGGGCAAGGGCAGCCCUUCCCCAUGAAGCCCAUGGUUAAGCUUUGGAACGGCUGCCCGAGGGUGCCGCGGCCAGCAUGACCCAGACGGCAUCAGAGGAGGGUGAGGCGACUCUCCGAAGGAGGUGGCCGCUGCCUGCUGCCGCUCUUGCCAUCUCCAUGGCCUCUCCCGUUUGGAUGCACCUGUGCCGGGGGACGCGGGUGGGAUGGUGCUUUGGCACUCGCACCCCCAGUUAGCGACUCGGGCACCGUGUGAACUGGAUGCUGGCCCAGAGGCCUUUCACCAGUGGCGCUCAGCUCUUACGUUCCCCUGAGGCUGUCCUCGCUCACCUGAGAAGUUGUAUUUUUGGACAGAGUGGGCUUGACUGCCGAGUAAAAAUGCAGAGCCAUCAGGAUGAAAAACAUUGACGGUUGCUCCUGCUGGCACUUACUAGCACUUCCAGAUGUUCAAAACUGCUUUAUGUGCAUUAUCCUUGUAGAGGGGGAUGAGGCGGACAGAGACUAGCUUCCCUAAGGGCAGCUUGUGAAUUUGGAGCAGAGGUGAGAAUUAAACUGGCUUCUUUAUUAUGGGCAGCUCAGCCUUUUAGGGUGCAGACCUAUACACAUAUCAACAGAAAAUAGUCCUUCAUUUUUAUGCCACUGCCAGUGGCUGGCCAGAAGAGUGCGGAUUCUUACAGCACUCCUUUUCGUAUUAAACAUGCCCCGGAUUCUGUUUGUAGCCACUCUGCUUACAGCAGUUCUCACUUAAAUGUCCCUGAACACAGGAUGGUAUGCAGGACUAAGUUGAGCUAGACCUUAAUUCUGGAAGUUGAUUUCACUUGAGAGUCCUAGAAUGUGUGAAGUAACACAGUACCGGCAAACACUCAAAGAGUGAUUUUCUGCUCCCAUGGAAUAAUAUAACUGCUCAAAACUUUUCUGGUGUUGCCCAGAAAGCCCUUUGUUUCAGAAACAAAGAACAUCUUCUCCGGAAGGCCCGUCGCGAUGGAGCCUGUGAGUAUCGAUAACCUCUCCAUCCUGUACCAAAGUGCAGACUUCAUUGUGGUGAACAAGCACUGGGACGUCCGGAUCGACAGCAAGAUGUGGUACGAAAAGCUCACGCUUCAGAGGCAGCUGAAAUACCGAUUCCCGGAGCUCGCCGAUCCAGACACCUACUACGGGUUCCGGUUCUGCCACCAGCUGGAUUUCUCCACCAGCGGAGCCCUUUGUGUUGCGCUCAACAAGGCAGCUGCUGGCAAUGCGUACAAGUGCUUCAAGGACCGGCUGGUAACAAAGGCCUACCUGGCACUAGUGCGGGGCCACGUUCAGGAAAUGAAGAUGACGAUCCGGCAUGCGAUUGGGAAGAAUACAGUGGAGGGCCUGACCCACAUGAUGUGCAUUGAAGGCACCGAGGGUUGUGAAAACCCCAAACCUUGCCAGUCGGAGCUGACUGUACUUGAGCACGGCCUGUAUAGCGGCGACCCCGUGACCAAGGUGCUCCUGCAGCCGCUCACAGGAAGAACCCACCAGCUCCGGGUCCACUGCAGCGCCAUUGGGCACCCGGUAGUGGGCGACUUCACAUACAGCUUCAAGACGGACAGCGGCCCCUACCGGAUGAUGCUGCACGCCUACUACUUGCGCAUCCCGACCAGCAAGGAACGGAUCGAGUCCGCGGGACAAGAUGUGCUGGAUGCCCUCCUGCACCUGCUCCUUCGCCACCAAAGGGAAGGAAUCGGUGAAAGAAAGAGACGAGGAAGAUCUCUCGAGCCCAUGAUGAUGACAGCAGACGUGGAUCAUGGGCAUCUCGUGGUGGUGCACAAAAGCCUGAUUUUCGCAGAAUCUCGGAGGAAAGCAGAAAAAAGGAAGACCCCAAAGCUGAAGCAGUUAAACAGUCUGGCCUGUUCAGGGUCGCAACUUUGCACCACUGCCCUUGAAAAUGUUCCUUUUCUAAGCUGUCACGUCCUUUUUCUGGCAGGAUCUUUUGCAUUUUCCAUGGUGAGAGCAGAAACUCAAUAGGUGGCUCUUCCCUCGUCACUGAAUCUCCAAUCCAGGAAAAUCAUCUGUUGCAUUUCUGCAGCUGUUGAGUACGUAAGGGUGAUGCCAUGAACAAGGAUUGAUGCUUCCUGGACAAAUGGCCAUAACUGCAUUUAAUCUGGCCCCUGUGCAGAAAGCAGAAAAAUGGCUUCAAGUACUGCUGGAGUUGGUGAAGAAGUUCCUGACGGAAGUGGACUAGGGCUGUUGCAUAUUCUGGGUCACAUGCCCUCUUCUUCCUUUUCUUUGCAGCAUUGCCCACUAGCUUUCUGGUGUGUUGCGAUCCACCACUAGAAGAUAUGAUAUCUUUCAGGGGUUUAGCUGAAUUCAGGGAGGGUGAGGCUUACUGGUGGCUAUUUAGCACGAUGCCAAUGCGGGAACUCCAGGAUUCAGGGCAGUUGAGCUCCAUGCGUACCCUUGACGUGGCUUUCCUAGAAGCAUCUGACCAGGAUGCCUGACUCAGUCAGCCUUUGGCUUCAUCCAGGAGGGCUCCUCUUACGGAAGAGAUGCCCUGUUCCGUGGGUCGCAUCCGGGGGGAUGGAUUUCAUCUCCCUGCCCUUGAAGCCCCUGGCUUUCUGGAGCAGGUCUGGACCCUGCGCAGGAAGCUGCAGGGGGCGGACAAAUGAAGAAGUCCCCCCACCCACCCAGCUGGCAAGUCAGUGUCCCAGCACGGCCCCAAGUGGCUGCUGAAGUAGUCGGCUCUUUGUGGGGAAGCUGCAUUUUGUAAAUGGAUUUUACAAGGUUCAGAGCUGGCUGUCAAAAGUCUCCAAUGUUAGCUGCUUCAGGGUGGCUGUUUUUUUUCAAAUAUUCAGGAAUAACUUUCAUGAGCUGCUUGCACGUUCCUUAGUAUAUAUUCCCGAUCAUUCCUGUCUUGUCUGGAAUCCCUUCAGUGGAAGCUUGUCAUUUUCUAAUAUGCUCCGGGGGAGAAGCAGCUGCAGCUGCACGGGGUUACUGGGUCUGACACAGACGGGGCAGGGAUCUUUCCAGAUUCUUCUCAGAAUGCACGAACUGAGCAUCGUGUACUUGUCUGUGCAUUUUCCAUUGUCAUCAACAGCGUUUGCUCCCUCCACCCCAAAGUCUACAGAGAGCCAUCAGAAUUUCUCACUUUUCAAAUGUAACGAGACCGGCCUGUUUUCCUGAGUGAGCUCAUUAGCUCACUGCAUGAGGCAGGCCAAUGUAUGUUUACACCUUUUUUGUUUGUUUCGCAUUGCUGCCUGGGAAUGCUGGGAAUUGUAGGCCUUCUCCUGGCUCAUCAUGCCCUGGGUUGUGUCUAGUGAGGUGCCUUGCUCGGUAACAUUGAUAGCGACGGUCAUGCUGGCAGGGAGGUGUGAGUUUCCCGGACACUACCUGAUUGCUUUGCACCCGUUUGUCUCCGUGCCUGAUCCUGCCCUUCCUUAGAGCGGUGUGUUUAAAAGUGUGCACUGGACCUUUGUAGGAUGAUGGGAUGGCAAGUUAGCAUCCCUGAACAGCAGCUUGUCCACUGUGUUUGCGCUACCUCCAGCCUGGGGGGUGUUCCAGGUAUGGCUCUCGCUUGUUAGGGUGCCCUCUUCCUUGCCUUUUGCAUUUUUUUGUGGGGCAAGCAUCUCUGCCCCAUAGUAUUUCCCAAACCCUUUGCAAUGCUGUAGGGUUCCACAGGGGAGAGACAGUGUUCUGCAGGCAGUGACUCCCUAUGGAGAGGGUACCCUGAAGAUAAACUUUGAAUCCCUUAAAAAAUAUAGACUGAAAUUGAAAAAUUUGCACAGGCUUUUUCCAGUAGUGAGUGAGAGAGAGACAUUUCAGUAUUAGAAAAUCCAGUGUGACGUUAUCUGUGGAUUGCGUGCUUUUUUCUUACGCAUUUAUUCCUUAUUCUUUUAUAUCCACCUUCCCUCCAAAGGAUGCAGGGCAGCUUAGAUGAGGUGCCUCUUCUGCAGUUCAUCUGCACCGCACUGGUGCCAGGUAGCUCAGGCUGAAACUGGCUUGGAAUGACCCAGUGAGCUCCGUAGCCAGGAAGGGGCGAGAAUCUCCUGAGUCCCAGUCCAGCACCGCUAUCCCACGAGUGUAGCUAUUUAAACUUGGCCCUAUCUCUACAAAUAGUGAAUUUGUACAAAUAGUAUAAACUGAGUGAUCAUUUUCCUAUUGCAACCUACGGUUGUGAAAUGAAGAAGCUGGACAAGAGGAAAAUCGACUCGUUCAAGCUGGGGUGUUGGUGGAGGCUCCCGCACAUUCCAUGGACAGCGGGGGUGACGAGCAAGCCGGUGAGGAGCAUAUUAAGCCAGACGCGUCCCUGGUCGGCAAGAU